GUUUUCGAUGGGCCGGGUAUGCUAUUGAGAAUGAGACGAGGAUUAUGGAAGCCAGGCAUGGACAGAGUGCCGAGUGGGAGUUUUGUAAGACGUUUAUCUCAGCAUUUAUCGAUUAUCGCUCCCAAUUCCUCUCAGAACUCGCUUAUCACGUUCAAUGUUAACUUGCUUAAAGUGCCUGCAAAUUACGGUUAUUAUACCUCGAGAGUCAAUCGUAUGACAAACGAAGAUUCACAUCAAGUAGGAGUCAUGGAUAUAGACUUCCAACAGAGGACGGUAUCUCCGGAUGGGAUAGAGGCAAACGAGGAGCUGGAGAAAAGAAUAGGACAGAUCGAUGAGCCAGAGUAUAAAAACCGUUUUGAGCACAAGAAGGUUUUUAGCUUUAACAUUUUUGACGGCCAUGGCGGCACUGAAGGCAGCACUUAUGUGCGAAAUCAUUUGUUGGAGAAUAUUGAGAGAAUGAACAUUAGCGACGAAAGCAUCAACAAGCUAUUCAAAUUCUACCAGAAGGAGAUUGGAGGAUAUUGGAGACGUUGGGUACGUCGCAAAAACCUGCAUUUCAUCAACAGCAUGGGGCUAGAAAGCUAUCUAGUAUCGCCAGAAGGUAAAUACACUAUCCGCGAUCCAGAGCUAGAGGAGAAAAAACUUUGGGAUCUGCCAGAGUUCAAGGAGAUGGUUUCUGGAGAAGAUUUCUUCAAGAUCCGGCUUCUGCUAGGGUUUUUGUACACCGACUACCAAUUUCUGAACUACGAGGAUAAGAUUAAUGACGCUAAACAUAAGGAACGUUCUCACCUUUUGAACGCCGGCUCCACAGCCACAUCUGCAUUUUUUUACACCAUAGAGAAGGACAAGUCGAAUCUAAACGGGUAUUUUUACGAGCCAGACGUGCUGAGUCGAUUGGUAAUUGCGCAUGUGGGCGAUACACGUGCUAUUCUCUGUGACAGGGACGGCGUGGCAAGGAGUCUGACCCAGGACCACCAUCCUUCAAAUCCUAUCGAGUCGCGCAGACUGACCAGAUACAGCGCAGGGCUAAUGAUGACCGACUCUUUCGGGGAAGAACGUUUUGCAAAUUACGCCAACACGCGGUCGUUCGGCGACCUCACAGCCAAAAACAUUGGCAUCACAGCUGAACCAGAGAUCAGUGAAUACCUGAUUGGCGAUAUGAGAAAAGUCCAAAAGUACAAGCGUGACAAUAAAUACUAUUUAAAGAAGACCAACAUCCUGGAUUUUGGCGGGGACGAGUGUUUCCUCGUGCUUGUUAGCGACGGUGUGACCAGCAUGCUUUCCGAUCAGGAGGUGGUCGACGUGAUCAUGAGCACGACAAAUAACAAGGGAUCGUUGCGGGGCACGCCAAAGGAAGCCGCUCAGGAGGUAGUACAGUUUGUUGAGUGUAUUGGGGGUAUGGACAAUGCGACAUGCCUGGUAAUCAAGCUCGGCGGCUGGGGGAAAUGGCCAAUACUUGAUCGAACAGGUCCUCUGAGGGAGUCCAAAAUGAUGAGUGGACGCAGGGAAAGAUGAGCAUCUCGAAAUUUGGAACGCACUUUGUCAUUUCGAUUCUAUGUACAGUAAGUUAUUUAUUCUUCGUCUGGGUGUAUUUGAACCGUUUUCGAGUGUGGGAGAACUCACCGAGCUUAGAUCCCACCAUGUCUUCAGUAAUGUUUAUAUGAACAUAGUCUUUUCCGUUGUGGACUUGAAAUUUGAGUCCCACAAAUUGAGGCAGUAUAGUGCACGAUCUAGCAUUCGUUCUAAUGGGCGUACCGUUCUUCUUCGCCUCAGCAAUCGGUAAAGGCACAACAAAGGGACCCUUCCAUGCAGACCUACCCAAUGCGACAAAAGACAAUCUCAUGAGGAAUAGUUUCGGUUGAUAAAUUUUUCGAAGCGGUUUUGGACGAUCGACGUGAUCUGUCGCUUUGGUUUUUUGAUCGCCUGUAUCUUUUAUUUAAUUAUACAUGUUCCACCUGGCUCAAAGUCUUUAUAGCUCGUACACGCGCAAAGACGAGUACUCGGUGUUGAUUUUGGGACUGGAUAAUGCGGGCAAGACAACCUUCUUGGAACAGCUCAAAUCCAUCUAUGUCCCAAACUACAAAGAGCUACGGCCGGAGCGGAUUCUUCCCACCGUGGGUCAGAAUGUCGGCACAAUCCAAGUUCAUGGCACUCUGCUGAAAUUCUGGGAUGUUGGGGGUCAAGACAGCCUCCGAGAAUUGUGGUCAGAAUAUUAUUCGAAUUCGCAUGCUAUUGUAUUUGUCAUUGAUUCGUGCGACAAGGAAAGACUGGUGGAAUGUUCAAACGUUCUAACCGGCGUGAUGAGCAACGAACUAAUAGAAGGGCUGCCCAUAUUGAUGCUGGCCAACAAGCAGGAUAGAGAAGACGAGACUAAACUGGAGUUAGUGGAUAUCAAAGAAAUAUUCAACCCGAUCGCAGAAAAUUUAAACGCAAGAGACUCAAGAGUGCUUCCAGUCAGCGCAAUAACAGGUGAGGGGGUUAAGGACGCUAUAGAAUGGCUGUACACAAGGCUGAUUCGCAACAAGAUGAACCGUCCCCCAAAGAAACAUUGAAGGUGUCGGGGUGUGAGCAAAUUUUAUUCAUCGCGAGCAAAUAUUUUUGGCAGAAACCCAAAAAUAUCAUGAUGUCCAUAGAGAUAUAAAAAGGCUCGCUUUCAGAGCCCGAUUUACAGAAUAUUAGUUCUUCAUCAUGAAUAUGGAUAUGGACUCCUCCACUUCGUCCCACAUGGACAUGUCUAUGACUUCUGCCACUAGCUCCAUGGCAAUGGCUACCGCAUCUCCAUCCAGUUCUAUGGAUAUGGACAUGUCCAUGGACAUGGGCAUGAACUACUAUCUGACCACCCAUUACAAUCACUACCCGGUAAUUUUCCACACCUUGCGUGCCAGCUCUGGAGCUGGGGCCUUUGGCAUUUUCUGUGUGCUCUUCUUUGGUGCCGUUUUCUUCAGAGGUUUAUUCUUCCUGAGCGCUUAUCUGGAACAACGGGUGUUCCACAACCUUACGAACGCGGUCUUGAUUCAAGAAAUAGACAAUUGUGCAUGUGAUCCAGAAGAGGACAAGAAACCCGAUUCUAGUGGCGGAACCCUGCGCGCCAACUCCCUCGGCCUUGGUAAGAUCAUCAGACAGACGUUCUGUCCGGGAUUAGGGGAAUUGAAAAGAGAUUUUAUUAGACUACUUAUCGCCUUCACUGCGACGAUGUUUGGAUACGCAUUAAUGCUUGCAGCCAUGAGCUUUGUCCUGCUCUACUUCUUCGCAAUCUGUCUCGGAAUGGCUUUUGGAGAGAUCUUCUUCAACCGCUUGUCUAUUGUACUUGGAAUCAACAAAAACAGCUCCUUGUGCGGAUCGCUCCACUAGGCCAAACGCUUGUAUGUAUACUCCGUUAAUUGAUAUUUCAGAUUAUACUUAGUCGUCUUCCAAAGGUAACGAGUCAAGCUCGUCGACCAAUGACGACAGCUCGGAAACGACGUUCUUGUGGUAGUUGAGUUGAAUUUUCAUCAGCAACUUCAACAGAUUUAAACCUUCAACUGGCUUGAUCAGCGUUUUCAUCGAUUCCACAGCAGAUUCUGUGGCACUGACCAGCUCGUCCUCGGCAUUUUCCAGUUUCUUGGACAGCGCAGGCGGAAUUUCGACAGACUCGUCCCCACGCUGCACAGCCUUCACCUCGGCUCUGACGGUGUCAAAAUUGAGCCUUGAUGUCUCCACUUGUUUUCUCAGCUUGGCAGUGUUCAAAAAAUCGCCAUUCAGUGUGUUGCGGAUUCUGUCAUUGACCUCCGUGAUCACCAACUUAUCUUGCUCCAGUCUUUCCUCUCCGAUUCUGGUUUGGAACUCGCUAAUCUUGAGCAACGCCUUGCAGAGGGACGACGAUUCCUCUUCGCUGGUAGACAAAACUUCGUUUGCACUUAGACAAGCUUUGGCCAAUUGGUGUGCAAAGGUCUUCGGGGUGUGAUCCUUUGAUGAUGCCAGCAGCACAGCUUCCGCUUCCGAUGUGGUCGUAGCCUGCGAAAGACCGGUAAACUUCUCAUUGAUUAACUUUGUGUAAUCAUGGAUGGACUCUUUCAGGUUCGGAGGAUAGUCAUAACUCUCAAUUUCGUACUGCUGGGUGAUGGUCAACACCUUUUUGUAGAAAACUUUCAAGUUAUCAACUCGUUUUUCCAGAUCCUUGUAUUCCUGCGGCAGCUCCGAGAUAUCGUCAAUGGACCCAAAACGCUCCUGCAGAGACCUCGUGGUCCGCUUGAGAAGGGGCGAUAUAUUGGAGUUGAGCGUGGAAACCUCCUUUUCCAAGUUGACUAGAUUGUCCUGCAAACUUGAGGUGAGAUGUUGAGUCGUUUGUUGCAAAGACUGCUGGAUUGACGAAAGAUCCACUUUGGGGAAUUUGAACGACAUCGAAUUGAAAUUAGGUUUUAUCUUGUUUGGCUGUCUUUUAUUUUAUUUUGGCAAUGCACAUCCGUACACCAACAGCUAGCUAAUGUCCUGGUGGCAGGGUGGGUUGCAGGACCAAGGCCUUAGCAAAUAUUACAAAGCGAGAUGAGAUACCCGAAUCUGUUGUGGAAAAUACCAAAAUCUAUAAUUUAUACAUUACACAUCAUAGCUGCCAUAAAUGCUUCAUUUAAUCAUGUUGCUCAUACAACUCAUGUUCUAGGGAACCACUUCUCAGAUAACGAUGUCGAGUGACUGGUCCGAGGGGAAAGGAAGCUGUGGACAGAGGUUAUUCGUGGAGCAACACCUCCACCAAUGCCUGCGGUGUAGCCUUUUGCAUGCGCUGGAGCUGGAGUAGGCCUCACACCGGCAGUGUAGGAACUGUUGCGUUCGUCUUGAUGUCUUGUUUCGAUGCCUGCUGUGUAUUUGGAGGAUCCAGGGCUGCGGGAACGGUCCCGAAUGCCUGCUGUGUAGUUUUGCUUGGUAGAUUUGU